UAAAAUGAUUUGAAUUUAUUUAUAAGCAUUUAUUAAAUCUAGAUUGUAGAAUAGCUUGAAUAUGAAAGAAGCUCGAAGAGUUGUUUAUUUGACUGACUGCAUAACUGGUACCCCAUGUCGUAACUUCAUGUUCUCCAAAAAUUAUCAUUAUUGCGAAUUUUUAUAAAUAGUCAUUUUUUUUCUCUUUGCAAUGUACAUUCAAAUCAAAAUCCAUAGCUGAUUAAACCAUAACAUGACAAAGGCUAGUGUUCAUGGUAGUACGCCCAAGAGGGUGAUCAAAGCAUGUCUAUUUGGUAAGUACAAUUUCAGUUGAAGUCAAUGCAAACUAAUGAUUACUAACUUAUUUCAGAUAUGGAUGGAACCAUCAUCAAUACGGAAGACUUAUAUACCGAAGCUACAACUGAAUUGCUUGAUAGGUAUGGUAAGGGACCAUUGACUUGGGAUGUGAAAAUCAGGUUACAGGGAAGACCAGGGCCAGAGGCUAUGAAGAUCAUGAUCGAAGAAUACGACUUACCAUUAACCAUCGAACAGUUUUCCAAGGUCGCGUUAGAAAUACAAGCUGAUAAGUGGCAUAGAUCGAGAUUUUUACCUGGCGCUUUAGAAUUAGUGGAGUAUUUAUAUAGUAAGAAUGUUCCAAUUGCUUUGGGAACAAGUUCAAAUAAGAUUAAUUAUGAUAGAAAGACAAAACACCUAACACAUGGGUUCAAAUAUUUUGAUAAGCAUAUUGUUACUGGAGAUGAUCCAAGAAUUCCAGCAGGCCGUGGUAAACCACAUCCAGAUAUAUGGCUCGCGUGUUUGGACAGUAUUAAUGCUGAUAGAAAGGCCAAUGGUUUAACAGAAGUAACUAUUGAAGAAUGUUUAAUAUUUGAAGAUGGUAUUCCUGGAGUUAUAUCAGGAAUUGCCGCCAAGGCACAUGUUAUUUGGAUUCCAGACGUCAAUGCUUUAGAAGUAUUAAAUGGAGAAGAGCACACUAUCAUUGGGGUCAAUGGUGAAAUUCUUACAAGUUUGGAGCAAUUUGAUAAAGUAAAGUAUUCUUUAUAGUUAUGGCGUAUUGUAAAAAGUAAAUAAAAAAUAUAAUCGCGCAGGCAAAAAUUUAUAUAUUGAUAAACUUGAUUUGUAUGGAG